ACCAGCAAGAGACAGGCUUUUCACAGAGUGAAACUGAUAAGACUGCUCCAGCCAAGCUCCAGCGCUUGACUCCGAAUACAACUUUAUCCGCUUUUCCUUAAGUAAAGCAGAGUGGGCAUUCGGCAUGCCUCAGGAGGGAUCACAUACCUCUAAUGAUUUCCGUCUAGUCAGGCUUUUUUUGUAUUAAAAUGUCCUUCUGAGACCCUUUUUAAAUUAUUGGAAUGUGCAGCAUUUGGGCAGCGAGGAUUUGAGAUUAGUGGCAACCUGCUAAUUGAGAUUUUUUUUUUUGCUGUGCAUUUUUUUUUUUUCCAGCUCUCAGAGGGAAAAGAAAAAAAGUAAGAGAAGGUGAAGACUGAGCGUUCAGGCUAGAGGGUUUGGUUGCUAUCAACAACAGGAGGUGCUCCGAGAUCCUGCUCAGGAAAGCAGGAGAUGCAGUAGUUUUUGGAGUCACACAGAGACGUCUCCAGAGCGCAGGUUUACUGCACAGGACAGGGGAGCCACUUGGCCUCUGCAGAAGCCCAUAAAACCAGGUAUCACAGAUGAACAGGCAGUGUAAAGGUCUGUCAGGUAGAGCGGUGUGGUAACAGCACCUCCUCAACCGGUAUUAAGUAAACACUGGAGUCCUCUGAUGCCCUUGAGCUGUUUGAGCACUGAAACUCAGUAGACUUGAGAAAAUCAUUCCGAAAGCACACAACCCCACUGCAGCCCUCUCCCGUCCUCCGCCAGCUAACAGGUUUCAGCAAGUACUGCAUGACUUUGGCAUAAUGACAGCAGAGGAUUCCAUUGCCAUAAUGAGUAACGAUUCUACUAUGUCAACAUCAAAGAUCACAGAAGGAGUUGUGGGUGCACCAAACGAAGCUGCUCUCAUUGCCCUCAUGGAACGUACAGGUUAUGCAAUGGUCCAAGAGAAUGGGCAGAGGAAAUAUGGAGGUCCACCACCAGGUUGGGAAGGGCUCCAUCCACCACGCGGUUGUGAAGUGUUUGUGGGAAAAAUACCGCGUGAUGUGUAUGAGGAUGAGCUUGUUCCAGUCUUCGAAAGUGUAGGUAGGAUCUAUGAAAUGCGCCUAAUGAUGGACUUUGAUGGGAAGAACAGAGGCUAUGCCUUUGUCAUGUAUACUCAGAAGCACGAGGCCAAGAGGGCAGUCAGAGAACUGAACAACUAUGAAAUAAGACCGGGAAGGCUCUUAGGUGUUUGCUGCAGCGUAGAUAACUGUCGACUUUUUAUUGGGGGCAUUCCCAAGAUGAAGAAGAGAGAGGAGAUCUUGGAAGAAAUCUCUAAAGUCACAGAAGGGGUUUUAGAUGUCAUUGUCUAUGCUAGUGCUGCUGAUAAGAUGAAAAAUCGAGGCUUUGCAUUUGUUGAAUACGAAAGCCACAGGGCUGCUGCCAUGGCCAGACGAAAACUGAUGCCCGGAAGAAUCCAGCUUUGGGGCCACCAGAUUGCUGUCGACUGGGCAGAACCAGAGAUUGAUGUUGAUGAAGAUGUGAUGGAGACUGUAAAAAUUCUUUAUGUGAGGAACCUGAUGAUUGAAACUUCUGAGGAUACAAUUAAAAAGAUUUUUGGCCAGUACAAUCUAGGGUGUGUAGAGCGCGUUAAGAAAAUUCGUGAUUAUGCCUUUGUGCAUUUUACUAGUCGAGAUGAUGCAGUCCAGGCAAUGAGAAACCUCAAUGGGACAGAACUAGAAGGAUCUUGUAUAGAGGUUACUUUGGCCAAACCUGUUGAUAAAGAACAGUACACACGUUACCAGAAAGCUGCUAAAGGAGGAGCUCCGGCCACGACCACCCCCACCGAGGUCACUCAGCCUAAUUAUGUUUACUCAUGUGACCCCUACACACUUGCCUAUUAUGGAUACCCAUAUAAUGCAUUGAUUGGUCCAAACAGAGAUUACUUCGUGAAAGCAGGCAGCAUAAGAGGCAGAGAGCGAGGUGCAGCUGGCAACAGAGCCCCUGGUCCCAGGGGGACGUACCUGGGGGGAUAUUCGGCUGGCCGUGGCAUUUAUAGCAGAUAUCAUGAAGGGAAGGGUAAACAGCAAGAAAAAACCUUUGAACUUAUACCCAACCUGGAGUUACCAGCGGUCAAUCCAGUUGCUCUUAAACCCGGUGCAGUGGCCAUUCCCGGCAUCGGCACCCAGUACUCCGUAUUUCAGGCUGCAACUGCUGCCAAGCUGAUUGAAGAUGGCAAAAUCCAUGGGAUGGAGCACAUGAUCAAUCCAAUCACUGUGCAGGCCGAUCAUGCUGCCGCUGCGGUUCUGCCAUCAGUGUCCACUCCUCCACCAUUUCAGGGGCGUCCAAUAACUCCGGUGUAUACCAUGGCUCCAAAUGUGCAAAGGAUCCCUGCCGCAGGCAUUUAUGGUGCAAGCUAUCUCCCCAUCGCAGCCCCUACCACAGCCACAUUAGCCACACUACAGAAGAAUGCUGCUGCCGCGGCAGCAAUCUAUGGGGGAUAUGCUGGAUAUAUACCUCAAGCUUUUCCUGCAACCUUCCAGGUUCCAUUACAUGACAUCUACCAAACCUACUAAAACUGUCAUCUCAAGGAAGGGGGCAGGGGACUGAAGGAACUCUAAAAUAUUUAUGAAGAAAAAAAAAAACUUAAAAAUAUAUCCUUAGAAGAAUAUUUUAUAUAUGUGAAUUUUUUUUGUCAUUUUGUUUUCUGCAAAAGUCAGUUUUUAAGAUACAUUUGUUCAUACAUUUCUCUUUGCAUUUUUAUGCUUUAGCCAUAUAGUUUUAUAUUAUGUGGUUUCGGUUGCUUAGGUUUUUAACAGUAUAUGCAUAGACAAUAUAUCUGGUAUGAAGGUUUGUUUUUUAUCUAUAUAUAUAUAUAUAUAUAAUUAUAGUACAUUGUGCACUAGAGAUAUAAAUAUAUAAAUAUAUCAGUAUCAUGUAGUACAUUAACUAAUGUUGGCAGUGUAUGUCUGUAAAAGUACAUGAGCAGCUAUAGCGUACAGAGUGAAUAUUCCAUAUUUAAGAAAUAUAUAUUGAGAGAAAGAAUAUAUAGAUUUUUGGAAGGUACUUAAUUUAUAAAGUUAUACUGGAGGAUCUUGGGAACUACUAGGAAACGAUGGUGUCUGCCAUGAUUCGUAAACUAUUCAUCUCAUGUAAUAUUUUAAAUGUUUGUGCCAAUGGAUCUGAGGCCACCAGGAUUUUAAGGACUCCAGUAACAGGUUGUAUAUGUUAGCAUAUAGGGUAGAACAUUCGGGCAUUAGGGUAUUGCCCAGGGCUUUUGGCCAGGGGGAACUCACAGGUCUUUAGUCAGUUGCGAAAUUCCUUAAAUGAGUUCUCCGGGAAUUAAGAAAAUGAAAAUACUUAAAUAUUACUUUAUUAUAAAUAUAUUCUCAAAUACCUUUCAUUAUUUAUAAUGGCUCCUUUUGUCUGGGGAGCAAUCAUCAGG